UUUCAGAUGUGGGAACCAUCCGUGCAGAUGGAAGCUGAGUUCUCUGAGAUGGAAAGAGCUCUACUGGAGGAUUGGCGGAGGGAGCAGGCCCAAGAUGCCCUCUCGUGUGGCAAUGAAGAGACUGCGUUGAUCCGUUCUCUUCGCAGAGGUGUGGAAAUAACUGCUGCACCUCCUGGCCAGUGUCCGAUUUCCUUUGAGGAGGUGGCCGUGCAUUUCACCAGGGCAGAAUGGGCAUUGCUGAAUCCGGGCCAAAAAUCCCUGUACAGAGAAGUCAUGUUGGACAACUAUGGGAGCCUGGCAAGCAUAAACGCAGAAGAUGAUGAGGAAUUCCAGAGGUUCUCAUUGGAGAGACAUAAGGAAGAAGAGUCUCAGUGUAACUUCAGGAAUCCAGAGAAACCAGAGAGGAUGGAAGGAAGCAAUGGAGAGGAGAGGAGGGAGAAAUCCAUUCCUUUCCAAGUAGAAGAUUUCCAUGAUGUAAUUCAAAUGGCAGAGGAAACAUCCAAAUGCCUGGACUGGGGAUUGAAUAUAUCAGAUCAAACUCAAAAGCACUCUGAAAAUAAGGCCAAUGAUUGCUUCCAGUGUGGAGAGAGCUUUCUUUGUGGAGCAGAGUUCAUUAGACACCAAAGAAUCCAUAUAGGAGAAAAACUGUACAGCUGCUCAGACUGUGGCAAGAGGUUCUCAGAGAAUUCAGAUCUUGUUCAACACAAGAGUUCCCACUACCCAGGCGGGAAGACAGUUACCUGGUUAGACAGUGAAAAGAAUGUAUCUGAUGGAAAGGCACACCAAUGUGGAAAGAGAUUCCAUAGCAGUUUUGAUCUUCAACAGCAUCUACAAAACCGCACUGAGGAGAAACCUUUUAAAUGCUCAAAGAGUGAAAAGAAAUUCAGUUGGAGUUUUGAUCUUCAACUGCGUCAGAGAAUCCACAGUAGAGAGAGGUCUACUCAGUGUUCAGAGUGUGGAAAGAAAUUUAGUCAGAGUAGCCAUCUUCAAUUGCACCAAAAAACGCAUACAGGGAAGAAACCUUUUGAGUGCUCAGAGUGUGGAAAGAGGUUCUGUCGCAGUGGCCAUCUUCAAAUGCACCAAAGAACUCAUACAGGGGAGAAACCGUUUGAGUGCUCAGAGUGCGGAAAGAGGUUCAGUUGCAGUGGCGAUCUUCAAAUGCACCAAAGAACCCAUACAGGGGAGCAACCAUUUGAGUGCUCAGAAUGUGGAAAGAAGUUCAGUCACAGUGGCAGUCUUCAAAUGCACCAAAGAACCCACACAGGGGAAAAACCGUUUGAGUGCUCAGAGUGCGGAAAGAGGUUCAGUCACAGUGGCAGUCUUCAAAUGCACCAAAGGACCCACACAGGGGAAAAACCGUUUCAGUGCUCAGAAUGUGGAAAGAAGUUCAGUCACAGUGGCAGUCUUCAAAUGCACCAAAGAACCCACACAGGGGAGAAACCUUUUGAGUGCUCAGAGUGCGGAAAGAAGUUCAGUUGCAGUGGCGAUCUUCAAAAGCACCAAAGAACCCACACAGGGGAGAAACCUUUUGAGUGCUCAGAGUGCGGAAAGAAGUUCAGUCAAAGUGGCCAUCUUCAAAUGCACCAAAGAACCCACACAGGGGAGAAACCAUUUGAGUGCUCAGAGUGUGGAAAGAAGUUCAGUCAAAGUGGCAGUCUUCAAUUGCACCAAAGAACCCACACUGGGGAGAAACAUUUUAAGUGCUCAGAAUGUGGAAAGAAGUUCAGUCACAGUGGCCAUCUUCAAAUGCACCAAAGAACCCACACUGGGGAGAAACCUUUUAAGUGCUCAGAAUGUGGAAAGAAGUUCAGUCGCAGUGGCCAUCUUCAAAUGCACCAAAGAACCCACACAGGGGAGAAACCUUUUGAGUGCUCAGAAUGUGGAAAGAAGUUCAGUCACAGUAGCAGUCUUCAAAUGCACCAAAGAACCCACACAGGGGAGAAACCUUUUGAAUGCUCAGAGUGCGGAAAGAGGUUCAGUUGCAGUGACUAUCUUCAAAAGCACCAAAGAACCCACACAGGGGAGAAACCUUUUAAGUGCUCGGAGUGCGGAAAGAGGUUCAGUCGCAGUGGCCAUCUUCAAAUGCACCAAAGAACCCACACAGGGGAGAAACCUUUUGAGUGCUCAGAGUGCGGAAAGAGGUUCAGUCGCAGUAGCAGUCUUCAAAUGCACCAAAGAACACACACAGGGGAGAAACCUUUUGAAUGCUCAGAGUGCGGAAAGAGGUUCAGUUGCAGUGGCGAUCUUCAAAUGCACCAAAGAACCCAUACAGGGGAGAAACCGUUUGAGUGCUCAGAGUGUGGAAAGAAGUUCAGAAAGUUCAGUCGCAGUAGCAGUCUUCAAAUGCACCAAAGAACCCACACAGGGGAGAAACCUUUUGAAUGCUCAGAGUCUGGAAAGAGGUUCAGUUGCAGUGGCGAUCUUCAAAUGCACCAAAGAACCCAUACAGGGGAGCAAACAUUUGAGUGCUCAGAAUGUGGAAAGAAGUUCAGUCACAGUGGCAGUCUUCAAAUGCACCAAAGAACCCACACAGGGGAGAAACCGUUUGAGUGCUCAGAGUGUGGAAAGAGGUUCAGUCGCAGUAGCAGUCUUCAAAUGCACCAAAGAACCCACACAGGGGAGAAACCUUUUGAGUGCUCAGAGUGCGGAAAGAGGUUCAGUCGCAGUGGCCAUCUUCAAAUGCACCAAAGAACCCAUACAGGGGAGAAACCUUUUGAGUGCUCAGAGUGCAGAAAGAGGUUCAGUCACAGUGGCAGUCUUCACAUGCACCAAAGAACCCACACAGGGGAAAAACCUUUUAAGUGCUCAGAAUGUGGAAAGAAGUUCAGUCACAGUGGCCAUCUUCAAAUGCACCAAAGAACCCACACAGGGGAGAAACCUUUUGAGUGCUCAGAUUGCAGAAAGAGGUUCAGUCGCAGUAGCAGUCUUCAAAUGCACCAAAGAACCCACACAGGGGAGAAACCGUUUGAGUGCUCAGAGUGUGGAAAGAAGUUCAGUCACAGUAGCAGUCUUCUAAUGCACCAAAGAACCCACACAGGGGAGAAACCUUUUGAGUGCUCAGAGUGCGGAAAGAGGUUCAGUCGCAGUGGCCAUCUUCAAAUGCAUCAAAGAACCCACACUGGGGAGAAACCUUUUGAGUGCUCAGAGUGCAGAAAGAGGUUCAGUCACAGUGGCCAUCUUCAAAUGCACCAAAGAACCCAUACAGGGGAGAAACCGUUUGAGUGCUCAGAGUGUGGAAAGAAGUUCAGUCACAGUGGCAGUCUUCAAAUGCACCAAAGAACCCACACAGGGGAGAAACCUUUUGAGUGCUCAGAGUGCGGAAAGAAGUUCAGUCACAGUGGCAGUCUUCAAGUACACCAAAGAACCCACACGGGGAAACCGUUUGAGUGCUUGGAGUGUGGAACGAGAUUCAGUCAAAGUGGCAGCCUUCAACUGCAUCAAAGAAUGCACAAAGGGGAGAAAACUUUUGAAAGUGGUUAGAGAUUUAGCCACAGUGACUAUCUUCAAAAGCAUUUAAGAACCCACACGGAUGGACUGGAUGAAAGUUAUCGGAGUCAAAAAAGAAAUAUGGGAGAAGAGAAUACAAAGAAUGAACUUAUUGCUGCUUACUUAAAUAAAUGAGAAAGAAAAUAGGGGGGAGAGAAAAAAGGGGGGAAAGUAUGGUUUGGAAUUUGUCAAUAUGAAUGCAUAUAUUGUAUAAAUGUACUGAAAUUUCAAACUAUACAAUAAAAAAUU